AUGGCGACGGCUGCGACCGAGCUGGCCGAUUUGGCGCCGCUGCUCCUGAAGAAGGAGCGCGCGACGUCUUCGUUUGACAGCCAGCUGCUCGUGGACGUCAUCCAUGGCACCCGCGAACACCAAGCGCGCUGCCAGUACCUGUUGGGGUUGGUGAUGCACGACCCGGUGCUGAGCGACCGCGACAUGAUCUCCCGCAACCACAAGGAGCGGUACGAAAAGGCGCUGGAAAAGUCGCACGCGUUCGCCAAGUUGCUUGAGGUGCACGGCAUCACGGACCCGGACGAGCAAACGUACGUGUACUAUGCAAUCGGAGAACCGCUCCCGAUCGACGUGCAUCGGUCCAUGUUUAUCCCGACGCUGGAGAAUCAAAUGGACGACGAACAGCGAGCGUACUGGCUGCCGAAAGCCAAAGCAUUCGAAAUCACGGGAGCCUACGCCCAGACCGAGCUCGGCCACGGCUCGAACGUCCAGGGCAUCGAAACCACGGCCCACUACGACCCCAAGACGCAAGAGUUUAUUUUGAACUCGCCAACGCUCACGAGUCGCAAGUGGUGGCCCGGCGGGCUCGGCAAGACUGCCAACCACUGCGUGCUCCAUGCGCGGCUGUUCCUGGACGGCAAAGACCGCGGCGUCCAGGCGUUUUUGGUGCCACUUCGAGACACUGCGACGCACAGGACGUUGCCUGGGAUCACGUUGGGGGACAUCGGUCCCAAGAUUGGGUUCCAGUCGGUCGACAACGGGCUGGUCUCUCGGUGUGCUGUCAACGCGUGCUAA